AUGGCAGGAGCCGGAGGCGGCGGCUGCCCCGCGGGCGGCAACGACUUGCAGUGGUGCUUCUCGCAGGUCAAGGGGGCCAUCGACGAGGACGUGGCCGAAGCUGACAUCAUCUCAACUGUUGAAUUUAAUUACUCUGGAGAUCUUCUUGCAACGGGAGACAAGGGCGGCAGAGUUGUUAUUUUUCAGCGGGAACAAGAGAACAAAAGUCGCCCUCACUCUAGGGGAGAAUAUAAUGUUUACAGUACCUUUCAAAGUCAUGAACCAGAGUUUGACUAUUUGAAAAGUCUAGAAAUUGAGGAAAAAAUUAAUAAAAUUAGGUGGUUACCACAACAGAAUGCUGCGCAUUUUCUACUCUCUACAAAUGAUAAAACUAUUAAAUUAUGGAAAAUAAGCGAACGGGACAAAAGAGCAGAAGGUUAUAACUUGAAAGAUGAAGAUGGACGGCUUCGAGACCCAUUUCGAAUUACAGCACUGCGGGUUCCAAUAUUGAAGCCCAUGGAUCUUAUGGUAGAAGCAAGUCCACGACGAAUUUUUGCAAAUGCUCACACAUAUCAUAUAAAUUCCAUUUCAGUAAAUAGUGAUCAUGAAACAUAUCUUUCUGCAGAUGACCUGAGAAUUAAUCUAUGGCAUUUAGAAAUCACAGAUAGAAGUUUUAACAUCGUGGACAUCAAGCCUGUGAACAUGGAGGAGCUGACGGAGGUGAUCACCGCGGCCGAGUUCCACCCGCACCAGUGCAACGUGUUUGUGUACAGCAGCAGCAAAGGGACCGUCCGACUGUGUGACAUGCGCUCUUCAGCCCUGUGUGACAGACACUCCAAGUUUUUUGAAGAACCUGAAGAUCCCAGCAGUAGGUCCUUCUUCUCAGAAAUAAUCUCCUCCAUCUCCGACGUAAAAUUCAGUCACAGUGGUCGGUACAUGAUGACCCGAGACUACCUGUCAGUGAAGGUGUGGGACCUCAACAUGGAGAGCCGGCCCGUGGAGACCCACCAGGUCCACGAGUACCUGCGAAGCAAGCUUUGUUCUCUGUAUGAAAACGACUGCAUCUUCGACAAGUUUGAGUGCUGCUGGAGCGGUUCGGACAGUGCGAUCAUGACGGGGUCCUACAACAACUUCUUCAGGAUGUUUGAUCGGAAUACACGGAGGGAUGUCACGCUGGAAGCUUCCCGGGAGAACAGCAAGCCUCGAGCCAGCUUAAAGCCUCGGAAAGUGUGUACAGGCGGUAAGAGAAAGAAGGACGAGAUUAGUGUGGACAGUCUGGACUUCAAUAAGAAGAUCCUGCACACGGCCUGGCACCCGGCAGAGAACAUUAUCGCCGUGGCCGCCACCAACAACCUGUACAUCUUCCAGGACAAAGUCAACUAA